CUUCCCUGGGUUUAGCUGCCGCGCUUUCCCGCUCCAGCCCCAGCCGCCGUCCGCGUUGCUGUCGCUGUGCCCGUCGCCGUCGCCUCUGCCGCCGCCGCGCGCCCCUCAGAGCCCAGCGCCCCGCCAUGCCCAACAUCGUGCUCUUCAGCGGCAGCUCGCACCAGGACCUGUCCCAGCGCGUGGCCGACCGCCUGGGCCUGGAGCUGGGCAAGGUGGUCACCAAGAAGUUCAGCAACCAAGAGACCAGCGUGGAAAUUGGUGAAAGUGUGAGAGGGGAAGAUGUCUACAUCAUCCAGAGUGGCUGUGGAGAAAUUAAUGACAACCUGAUGGAACUCCUCAUCAUGAUCAAUGCCUGCAAGAUUGCGUCAUCGUCCAGGGUGACGGCUGUGAUCCCGUGUUUUCCAUACGCUAGACAAGAUAAAAAGGACAAGAGUCGUGCUCCAAUUUCUGCAAAGCUUGUGGCCAAUAUGCUCUCGGUGGCUGGGGCGGAUCACAUCAUCACCAUGGACCUGCACGCCUCUCAGAUACAGGGAUUCUUCGACAUCCCUGUGGAUAAUUUGUAUGCGGAGCCCGCAGUCCUGCAGUGGAUUCGGGAAAACAUCGCCGAGUGGAAGAACUGCAUCAUCGUUUCGCCGGACGCGGGGGGAGCCAAAAGGGUCACGUCAAUCGCAGACAGGCUGAAUGUGGAAUUUGCUUUGAUCCACAAAGAGAGGAAGAAGGCGAACGAAGUGGACCGGAUGGUUUUGGUGGGCGACGUGAAGGACCGCGUGGCCAUCCUCGUGGACGACAUGGCUGACACAUGUGGCACCAUCUGCCAUGCUGCGGACAAGCUACUCUCGGCUGGAGCCACCAAAGUGUAUGCUAUCCUUACCCAUGGGAUCUUCUCUGGGCCAGCUAUUUCCAGAAUAAAUAAUGCUGCCUUUGAGGCUGUUGUUGUCACAAACACAAUUCCGCAAGAGGACAAAAUGAGACACUGCACCAAGAUUCAGGUCAUUGACAUUUCCAUGAUCUUGGCGGAGGCGAUCCGAAGGACACACAACGGGGAAUCUGUGUCCUACCUGUUCAGCCAUGUCCCGCUAUAAAUCCAGAACGUACGAUGUCCAGCAAGCCUCCUCUGACUUCUGACUUGUUUUCGUUUGUCUGAUUUUUUAGCUUUAGGACUCAGCAAUGAUAGGAUAAUCACUGGCAAAAGCAUCAGAUCUUUGUAUACUCUCAGAUUCAUUGUUUCCCUUUCUAAAGCUCAAGAUCAUUUCUUUCUGGUGUUUUAGGGAGGGUGAUGGUUAUUUGGUCUUUAAAUGAACUAUCUUAAGUGAGAAAUGUUUUUGUCAUCUUCACUUGUUCUGACAGGUGAUCUUUUUCCUUCGUUCUUUCAGUACUUCGAGGCAACAACUUUCAAAUAUAUAAUUUCACUGUGGGAGUUCAUAGUUUAUAUAUUUCGAGGUUGCCAAAGGUGACUUCAGAUGAAAGCCUUCUGUGUAAAUAUAUAAUGAUAAUGCCUGUGGACAUUCGGGUAAAACCCUGUAUAGAAUUAGCCCUUUACUUUGGAGUAAACCUUAAAAAAUUUAUAAUACCAUGAAUUUUUAAUUUUUCUUUUCUUUUUUUUGUAACCAUCUUGGUUAUUGUACUUAAUUUGGACCAAAUUUUAUUUAGCUUAAGAUGGCCACUGACACAUUUAUUUUUGGUAAACAAUAGACAUAUCAGAGGCAAUGUAGUUCUGUAUUCUUUAUUAAUGCUUCUGAAACAUGUUAUAACUGUCACUUACCUGAAAUGCCAUGACCUAAAAUUCCAAAAUUAUGCUCACCAAUUGCUCUGAUUUGGAAACUCUUUUGAGAUCCAUUCUCUGAGCUCCUUGUCACAUUAGUGCCCUCCUCGGUCCAUCCCAGAUGGACCAUUCUUUGGAAUGUGCCUCAUGUCUUAAAAUCUUGUUCUUUUACAUCAUAAUUUUAGCUAUAGCUUUUACUUUGCAUUUUUUUCCCAAUGAUUUCAUUUGUAGAUAUCCACUGAAAUAAAGACUCCCUUAGAUCCCCUCAGAUUUACUAUUCUGAUCAUUAUCUUGAUUUUGACAUAAAUAAAAGGUGACUUUUUAUGAGAGCCACCAAAUGCAUAUUUAAACAUUGUUUCAUUAGUUUUGAUUUCGUGUUCUUUUGCCCUUUGCCUUUGGAAGUAGCAAGUCUCUCGCAACUGGUAAUUUUAACUAAAGCUGUUCCAUGAAAAAUAUGGGUAGGAGAUGCCUGUGAAAAAAGUACAAAUUAGUGAACUUUAGUUGCUCCAGUAGGAUAAUGUUUUAAAAGUGGCUCAGAAGUGUCUGUAGAGGGGAAAUUCACUGAGGAUUGCAUUCUGCAUAAGGUGACCCUCACAACAUGCUCCUCUGGGAAGUGCCUUGCUGCCUCUGUGGCAGAAGUCAAGCAUUGGCUCUUUGUGAAUUUUAUUAUAUGUACAUUGGUAGACAAUGAGUUCAAUUCUUCAGAAAGAAGAGGAUUUGCAUAGGCAAAGCCUAGGAAAAAUGAACAGCAGUCUCUCCCUUCUGCUGAAUCUUAAAACUGGUAGAGAAUAAAUUCUCUGCUCUAAAUUUUGCAGGUAGAAAAAUCAAAUCUAUUUAAUGAGUCAUUAACAAACUUGAACAGCAAUCUUUGGGGUUUUAAACUUCACUAUAGUAGAGGAUGAAUUGAAGUUAGAAAAUACUGUUUUAGUUUCAGAAACUAACAUUUUGCUGUACCUUAAAGUGGCUUGGUAAAGUCAACUGUGCAGUACAGAUUGACUAUGUCUAGCAAGAGUUGACUUGAGACGUGUAAAGAGUCUAUUUUGAUGCUAUGUAAUGUUUAUUUUUGAUAAAUGUGUGACAUCUGUAUUUCUUGGAAUUUCUAUGCUUGUAUGAAAUACAGGUGUAGUUGUAAAGACACAUGUAGACAGCUUGACAUGCAAGUGUGCAAGUUUAAACAUGUGGACGGGACUAAAGCCAGUUGAUUUAGUAAAAGGUAAUCACUUUAUCUAAGAUAUUUAAAGUCUAGGAAUGUAUAGAGCUAGUUUUAAAGUAAUGAUCUUCAGAUAAAAAAAAACCAGAUAAGGAAAUCUGCAUUGGUGUUCUCUGAAUUAAGCACGAAUGGUUUCUAUCGUGCUUUAGUCCCACUUUUGUAUUUUAAAGUACUUCUGAAUACAGUUAUGAACUAAUUAGACUGGACUUAGCCAUACAAAGUGAAAAUUCAGACCUUAACUAUUUGAGGUUUUCCAGUUCAACAAAGCCAGUGAAGACUGUCUGGUGAGCAACGGAGUCCCGGAACUUUCUCGAUCCUUGCUGCUCCUAGUGUGGAAACCUGAGACCACCAAAUAUAUCGGUCCUGCCCAACUCUACUGAAUGGGGGUGGGCUUGGCGUAUGUCUAGCCAAAAAGGGAAGCCAGAGAAAUAUGAAUACACCAAAGUUGUUUAGCCUCCAACUUAAAUUAUAUUAGUCAACUUCUAGAUGAUAACUUUUCUUGGUUAAAUACAAUGUCAGCUAGGAAUGUAUCAUUUGAAGUGCUUGUAUUGAUUUGGGUGUAGGUUUUUAAGAUCUUCCAACAUUGUACUAAAACGUUUCAAUAAAAUCAUGCUGACAACUUUCUUU